UUGGGAUGUCCCACACAUGGAAAUGGGAACUAUAGAAUGGGACUGGACGUUUUAUGAAUGAGCGAACGAAUACUCAAUUCAUUCAUUUCCUAUUAUGCAUUGUUUUACACGCAGGUGAUAUAACUUACACCGUUCUCAUACAGCUUAACUGUAUAGGAAUUUAAAUAUUGCAAAUAGUUAAGGCCUCUCGUGUAUAAAUUUUGAAGAAUUUAAGUCCUCUUGAAUGUCCACGCGUGUGGAUAAGGCUUUAUUAUUAUAAUUCUUCUAUGUAGAAUAUCAAAUCAAAUUUGAAAGCUCAAAGGUUACGAAAUGUCAUAGUGACAUAGCAACGAUACGAUAAAAUUAUAAAUUGGGUCAUGUUUUGGCUUUUUAUUUUCUUUACAUCCGUAAGAGGCUGGGACUUCCAGGACCAAUUGGAGAGAGCCGACAGCAUAUGCAGGUCCUACGGUUACCAGGUUGUAGAAGGGAUAUUCGGCAAGGAAACUUAUCUGUUAUGUCUCAAGACUCUUGCUAUUGGUACCUCACCACUUAUGAGUCAACAGACAACAUUGCUGUUGGAUCCUGAUAUGGAUGAUAAACUAGUUCCCAAGUUUUCUCCGGUAUUAGCGGAUAUAGUAAUGUCGAGGGGGUUCCCCGUGGAUGAUCCGGCAGCCGGUUCAGCUGAGGGUUACGUAGGAGAGGACAAUCAUUUUUACGGAGUCUUGCAUCUAGGUAACCGAACAUUGCACGCCGAUCCGUAUGGUAAAGACGGUCCCGAUAAAUCGUUCGGGGUUCUCAUUAACGACAACAUGGCGGCACCUAAAAGACCACGCCGCGACCAUGCACAGGUCGGAGCCGGUUUCGACAAGCUCUCAUACUUCCCAUACCGCAUAGAAGACAGAGCCCCGGAAACCGGCAUCGCUAGAGCUCGUAUCUGCGAUCUGCUUCUGCUAGCUGAUAAGGAAUUCUACGAAAAGGACUCUAAUUCGAGUAUAAAUCACGUGGUGCAAAGGAUGAUGCAUGCCGUGGCCCAGGCUGAUAUUAUAUUUAGGAACUCUGAUUUCAACGAGGACGGCGUACCAGAUAACAUUGGUUUUGCAGUAAAGUAUAUAGUAAUUCUAACGUCUGAUGAGACGAACAACCGUGUCUUCGGUGAUCUGGUUAAAGACCGGUCUAUAGACGGGCGGAAUUAUCUCAUGCGGUUCGCGAGGCUCAGGAGACUGUCUGAAGUCUGCCUCGGGGUCGCCUUCUCUGGACAUGCCUUCCUCAACAGGACCUUGGGAUUGAGUUUCACGUCGUUGGGCGGAGGGCUAGGUGGCGCUGCGGGCGGUCUGUGUGACCGACGCGCCUACGGACGCUCCUUCAACACGCUCGCCCUCGCGCACGCCACCGGCGAGCGCGACCGAGUGCCCGAGAGGCUCGCGGCGCUCACACUGGCGCACGAGAUGGGUCAUAGUUUCGGAGCCCACCACGACGACAAUUUCCCAAACCCUGACUGCCGCGGUUAUCUGAUGGGGUCACAGUCAACCCCCACCAAACACUCGGAGUUCUCUGUCUGUAGUAAGAGACUCAUCACGGCUACCCUCAGCAGCAUGAGCUAUUGUCUCACGGAAGUGGACCAGCCGUAUUGUGGGAAUGGUAUAGUAGAGAUCGGUGAGGCUUGUGACUGCGGUCUACCCUCCGAAUGUAGUCAGAGGGACCCGUGCUGCACCCCGCGGGCCGGAGGAGCACUCGUGUAUGAAGAGGGGACCUUAUAUAAAGAGGGCUGCUCCGUAUCACCUGGAGUCAGUUGUCACCCCUCCCAGGGUCUCUGCUGUAACGCUAACUGCGAGUUCGCCAAUCUUACGAGCAGUGGAAUCGAGUGUCAUCACCAGCAUCACGAGUGUACGUGUGCGGAUUUAUCGUCCUGUGACUGUGGUGUGGGCGGGCGAUGUCUCCUGGACGGCACCUGUCACGCCGCAGACUGCGCCGGGCUCGGUUUAAAGGAGUGCAAGUGCCCCAAAUCCGGACCGGGCGGUACAUUAAAAAAAUAUAGAAAGUGCGGAGUGUGUUGCCAGUUCACAAAAUCCGGUGUAACGAAAUGUCAAGGCGUUGAGUUUGCGGCGAGGGAAUUGAUCGCCGAAUCAGCGCUGCCACCCUCGCUUUUGCCGAACAACACUUACAAAGGAUCCAAUAUGACAUUGAAAAUCUGCGCCAAAUCUAAAUGCGGGUAUAUGACGAUCCGGGCGUGGUCCCCGGGCGAGGCGUGCGUGUCCUUGAACACUGUGGGGAUCUGCUCGCCCAAAGGAAGCUGCAAGAUGCUGGGCGGGCCUCCCACGCCUAAUAUAUACCCAGAAAUUGCUAACAUAGAGACGAUGAGACGAACUGGCUGGUUGAAAAGUUUUGGUUCUAAAUUAGCAAGUUCAUCAAUUUCUGAACUUUUUAUUAGAUCAUUUUUUAUUUAUUAUUGUAUAUUAUAAAAUAUAUAUAAUCUGUUGUGAAAGUAAAAAUUUUGUUUAUGUAUAAUUAAAACGUAUUGAAAUAUUUUAUAACGUUCCUUAAGGGCAUGGAUACAAGUUAUUUAGAGCAGC